GGAAAAGCAGCGCCAGUCCAAGAAACGUCAAACUUCCUUUUGUCUAAUGGUGCAUCAGCUCACACCUGCCGUGGCCCCUAUAUAAACGUCGGCCGCCGCGGAGGAAGUCAAAGAGGAAGGAUCACCAGCGGUUCGACCGAGUUCAUCUUCAUCCUACAGCAGCUGGAGACAGAUAGAGAGAGGGGAGUCGGAGCGGUUGAUGGAACAGGAAGGGGACAACAUGGAUAUAGCUGGGGAUGGCAUCCUGCCACAACAACAUGGUCCUGCUGGGGACGGUGAAGAAACAGACCCCACACAAUACUAUGAAAAUAGGCUGAAGAUGCUCGAUUCGCUUAGAAGCGCGGGCGUCGAGCCCUAUCCGCACAAGUUCGAUAUCGCGAUCUCCAUCGCAGACUAUGUGGCCAAGUACAACAGCUUGGGUGCUGGCGAACAUUUGCUGACUGUCACUGAAAGCUUGGCUGGGAGGGUCAUGAGCAAGAGAGUUUCCUCAUCCAAACUCUUCUUUUAUGAUCUCUAUGGCGAUGGGGUGAAGGUUCAAGUCAUGGCUGGGGCCAGCUACUCAGAGGUGGCCGAAACUGAAUUCUACAAGUGCCACAGUGUUGUGAAGCGGGGCGAUAUUGUCGGUAUAAUUGGAUACCCAGGUAGGAGUAGCAGGGGCGAACUUAGCAUAUUUGCCAGAAAUUUAAUAUUGCUCUCCCCAUGCCUCCAUAUGCUACCGAACCAGAGAACUGGGCGUUGCACUGCUGUUGCUGGCAAGACAACAAGAGCAAAAGCUGAUGCUGAUUGUUGGGUUCCAGGAAUAGGAAGGAACACUGAAGCUUAUGUUUUAAAGGACCAGGAAACUCGCUACCGCCAGAGAUAUCUCGACCUCAUGGUAAACCAUCAAGUGAGACAUAUCUUUAGAACACGAUCCAGGGUCAUUUCCUUCAUCAGAAGGUUCCUCGAUGAACGCAACUUUUUGGAGGUUGAGACACCAAUGAUGAACUUGAUUCCUGGGGGAGCAUCUGCAAAACCUUUUGUUACACAUCACAACGAACUAAACAUGGAUCUCUACAUGAGAAUUGCUCCUGAACUCCAUCUGAAGCAGUUGGUUGUGGGUGGCUUGGACCGUGUUUAUGAGAUUGGAAAGCAAUUCAGGAAUGAAGGGUUUGAUUUAACUCACAGUCCUGAAUUUACAGGAUGUGAAUUCUAUAUGGCUUAUGCAGACUACAAUGACCUGAUGGAGCUUACUGAAACCAUUUUGUCGGGUAUGGUGAUGGAGCUGACUGGUAGUACUAAGAUAAAAUACCAUGCGAAUGGAGCUGAUAACCCUCCCAUAGAGAUCGAUUUCACACCUCCUUACAGAAGGAUAGAUAUGAUGCAGGCACUGAAAUCUAUCGCUGGGCUUGACAUUCCAUCAGAUUUGUCAAGCGACGAGGCUAACAAAUACCUCGCGGCAACGUGUGAGAAGUAUGGAAUCAGAUGCUCGCCGCCUCAAACAACAGCACGGUUGCUUGACAAGAUUACUGGGCAUUUCCUGGAGGCCACAUGUGUGAACCCAACUUUUAUCAUCAAUCAUCCAGAGAUAAUGAGCCCACUGGCCAAAUGGCACAGGACUCAGUCAGGACUGACAGAAAGAUUCGAGUUAUUCAUCAACAAGCAUGAGGUAUGCAAUGCCUACACCGAGUUGAACGAUCCAUUGGUGCAAAGACAACGAUUUCAAGAGCAGCUGAGGAGUCGGCAAUCGGGAGACGACGAAGCGAUGGCGCUCGAUGAGGCGUUCUGCACUGCUCUCGAGUAUGGUUUGCCACCAACGGGCGGUUGGGGAAUGGGAAUUGAUCGGAUCGCAAUGCUUCUAACGGACUCGCAGAACAUCAAGGAGGUUCUUCUAUUCCCAACGAGGAAGCCCCAACUACCUGGGUAGUAGGAAACCGCUAUUUCAACUGAAGAAAGACAACAAACAACAAUAUUACAUGUACAUAUAAUUAAGAAACAUGCAUGGUUUCACACGAGUGUUGUAUCCUUGUUGAAGACUGCUACUUGGAGUGUUUGAUAUUUGUGGAUUCGUGUUUGACCAUA